CACCAGAAUCAGUUUUCUUAUUGAUUUCUGUACGGUUUGAGCAAAAUACAAAAGUUAUCAUUGGCCUAUUUGUUUUCUUUUGUGUUUAAAUAUUAAUUUUGUUCAGAAUGUGGCCCAAAAGUCCACGCAUUCGUCAGGGAAACAAGACUGGCUUAACAGCAGUUCCACAAAAAGGAUCGCCCAGAGCGCUUUACUCUAAAACACUUAUUUCUGGCCAGGCGAUGAAACGUCGUAUAUUGGGGCAGCGGAACAUGAAAAAGGAGAAUGUCUUUGUAGACAAGAAUAACAGCCAGAAACCGCUGAACAAAAUACCUAAGGCGGUGAUUUUGACACCGUCCUCCUCGGACAACUCGUUGACCACUAGUGUAUCCAGUUCGGGGAAGCCCAACUACACGGUUAUGCCCAAGGCCAGUCUCCUCCGGGAGCCCACAUCCCUGACCCCAUACUUAACCCUCAAGCGACGGCAGACAGCAUCCUUGAUUAACUUUCGUGUUCGCAAGUCCUGCUCCCAAAUGGACUUUAAAGAAGCUCGACGCACAGGAAAUUAUCAGCUGGUUGCCCAUGUUGCCUCGCCCACAAAAUCUGUACAGGAGAAACCGGUGGAAAGUGCCGGCGACCCAGGAUUGCAGGGCAACAUGGCUAAAAUGGUGUUACAGGACGGCACGCUUAUUGAGGGACAAAUGAGCUUUGUGGUGGGCCCAGAACAGGAUGCCCGGGUGGCCAGUUUAAGAAUCUUUAACACCAUAAUGUUGCAUGCUUGGCGCCGAAGGCGGGAGGAGGUUCGUCACCUCACCGACCAGGUUGAGGACUACAAAAAGAGUGCCGUCAAGAGUCGCAGCCAGUUGCAUGUCUACAUUUCGCUUUUUUCCGUUGAGAAGCGUCGCAAUGACACCUUAAACGAUCAGCUUAGGCAAUUCUAUCGCGAAAAUGCCCAGACGAAACUCUCCUACGAGGAGCUGAGCCUAAUUCUGGUGCAGACCAGGACAGAGAAGGAGAAACUGGCCGAGGAGGUGGCAAGCAAGGAUCGGGACAUUGGUAACCUAGUGGAGAUGCAGCAGUCCCUCAAGAGCGAGCUUUUUAAGGUGAGUAGCCAGCAGCGGGAGCAGCUGGUGCAGUUGACCCAACUGCAACGCGAUUACCAGGAGAGUAAAUCUGCUCAGGAUGAGCUGGUCCGCCAGCUGGAUUUACUCCAAAUCGACCUGGCUCUCAAGCGGGACUUCAUCGAUCAGCUACGUGAAAGCAUGACCAAGCUGGAGGAACUGAAGCGAGGAUCCGAUGAGCAGUACAGCAAUCUUCUCGAACAAACUUUAAAGCUGGAGCGUUCCAUUGAGGAAAAGGAGGAACAAUUGGUCACCCUCCAGAAUUGUUUGGCCGCCACCCUGGGUCAGAGGAUCCGGCAGUGCUUUGCCCAGAGUCAGGCCUACCAGCAGGCCACCUAUCGCAUGCUGCACUUUGUGGCCCACUAUAUGCUACCCGGUACUCCGCCACCGACACCUUCAAUUCCAGGGGCGGUCAACCGACUGAAGGGUCUCUUCUCACGGGGCUCACAUAAUGAGCCUGAGAUUGGGGACUACGCAAAAAUCAUGGAAGAGGUCGAUAAAGACCUGGAACAAAAGAGUUCCAUCUAAUAAUUACUUCAAGUUCAUAGUUUGUUCACUAGUUCCGUUUGUUUCGGUUUUCAACAUGUUUCCUUAUGGUUAAUAUUGUUACUUAAAUCUUUGUUGAGAGCAUUGUAUAAAAUAUACAAGUCCAGAAUAACAAA